GCACACACUCACACGUCGCUGUCCCACUGAUACUGAUUCGAUUCCGACGACGAGACGCGCGGCACACACGCAUUCUGACCUGGUCCGUUGCCGGGUUCGGACGUUUCAGCGCGCAUUCAUUACGCAUACGCUCUUCCACUCGCACACACACACGCCACACCGUUGUCGUAUAUUAUUAUAACAUAACAUACCGGUAUCCCGUGCGUACUACCACGUCUCUGUCGAUUUUUUAAUAUUUUGUGAUUGACGAUUAUUAAAAAAUAAAAUACAUAUUGAAAACAGUUCUCUAAAUUUAAACUAUAUAAUCUCGUGGUAUUCUGUUCCUUCUCCGCACACGGUAUCUACCUCGCUCGCGCAAACACACACGCGCAUAAACUACCAAUACCAUAUUAUUAUACUCAGACGUUAUAUAUAUUAUAUAAUAUAAUAUUAUAUUCACUGCGAAAUCAUCGUUUCAAUCAUGGACUUGUUGUGUUGCGAAUCCACUUCGAAGAGCGUCGCGCAAAAGGAUCCGACACUGUUGUUGGACGACCGCGUAUUCGACACCAUGCUCAAGUCCGAGAUCAGGUGCUUGCCGGCUCCCGACUAUUUGGCGACCGUCCAGAGGGACCUCACGGCCAACCUCAGGAAGAUCGUCGUCGAUUGGAUGUGGGAGGUCUGCGAAGAACAAAAGUGCCAAGAAGACAUUUUUCCAUUGGCCGUCAACUAUAUGGACAGGUUCCUGUCGGUAAAUCCGAUCAAUAAAAAUCACCUACAGCUGCUGGGCACCACUUGCCUGUUGGUCAGCUCUAAACUUCGGGAGUCCGACUGCCUUUCCGUCGACCUUUUGGUUCUGUACACGGACAAUACCAUUACUUCUGAAGAACUGUUGAUGUGGGAGCUGCUCCUGUUGAGCAUCUUGAAAUGGGACGUGUCCGCGAUCACGGCUCACGACUUUCUGUGGUAUAUACUUAAAAGACUGCACAUGGACACGGCCAAGCCAUUCGUUGACGUUGUUAUCAAACACUGCGGCACGUUCAUUGGCAUGUGCGCCAGAGAUUAUAAAUUUUGCUCGUACAAGCCCAGCGUGAUCGCCGGGGCCAGCAUCGCGGCUGCUCUCAAUGGACUGGAAUACGCGGCCAUUUACAAGUACGACUUGUUCACUAAGCUGCACGUCAUUACUGGUUCUAAAAAGGAGGUCCUGAAGACGUGCCAAGAGCAAAUCGAGGCAAUGGUCGAAGGUCACAAGAGACAACGCAAAGAAAUGGAAUUCGAAAUGUACGAAAAGCCGUACGACAAGACUGCCGAGUCGGACGAUACUACAAACUGUUGGAUUUGAGAUCGUCGUCAGACUUACAAAAAAUAUAUUUACGAGGAAAAAAAACUACAGUGAAAAAAAAAACAAAACAAUUUUUAUUUUAUUAUUAUAACACAGCAGUACAUUUCACUUAUUACAACCAAUCGGUGAUAAAUCGUCGGUACAUAUAUUACACAUUUUACACACAACAAUAUUAUAAAAUGCUAAAUAAUACCUAUAUUGUUUAAGGUACUCGCAUAUGGUUAGAUUUUUGACUUUUAGAGACACUGUAAUAUGAUUAUUAGUAGUCUUAAGAUUAGGUUUUAUGAUUAUUUUGACUUUAUUAUUAUUUUUUAAUGGGGAAGGCAAUAAAAUACGCUUCAUGUUUCCGUACAUAUAAUGUUAUUAUAAUAAGAUUAUUAUUAUUACCCAUAGCAACUUCAGUUUAUUAAACAGUGUAAUAGUAAUUGUUUAAUACCAUACAAUAUAAAACUAAUUUUUAUUAAAGUUCAACGUAAUCUAAAAACGAAAAAAAAAAAAUCAAUUUUCUAAAAAAAUUGUAAAUAGAUUCUGUGAACCACAGUCGAUCGCGGCAGACGUACGCGAUAUUUAUUAUAUCUAUCACACGUCAUUGUGUUGUAUAUUUUAUUUGUUCCAUUUACUACACCGAGAUUUGAUUUAAAUGUACAGUAAAGUGCCGGUACGGCUACCUAUAUAACCAACAGAUUCCUAAAAAUUAUUAACUUUUAAGUUAUAUCAAAAUAGAUAGUUAUUAUAUUACAUAUGAUUAUAUUUUAAUAUAUAUUAUUUACUUAAAUUUUUUUUUAGCGUUUAAGGUAGAUUCGCCGACCCUGAGUUCAGCACAUGGUUGGUGCGACAUUUUUUUUAAAGAUCUCUUGCGUCGGCAGUCUUUUUUUUAUAUAUAUAUAUAUUUAUAAAUAAUAAAGCUCAAGUUUCCAUUGAUAAAUAAAAUAUCACUCACGAUUGUAGCUUUCUUUGUAUUUCCGAACGUUUACACAUUUUUACAAUAUUGUUUACAAAAAUUAAUAUUUGUUUUCUACAGACAUACUAAUUUAUAUUCACUGUUUUUUUCUUCAAAAUAAAGAGUUAAAUUAAAUUAAAUUAAAAUUAACAUAAUUUAAUAAAUACGAUCCACUGGUAAUACCGAAAUAAUAUAAUUAAUUUAUUAUUAUUUUUAUCAUUAUUAUUAUAUAUAUUUUUUUCUGUUAACGUUAAGAGUUUUAUAGCAAUUAUUUUUAAGUAUGUAGCAUACACCGUUGUUCUAUUAUUCACAUUGCCCCUCUCCAUUAUCCAUUAUUUUAAAAUUCGUUGAGAAAUCUACGAAAAAAACGAUAGAAAUCACGUCUUCCACAGGCUUCAAAUCCGCGCGAAGCCAUUGGCUUCCCGAGAUUUGUCUCUCCUCCAUUCCCCCCAAAUUCACUUCGUAGUGUAUUCGGAUUAUAACAUAUAAACAUACUCAUGGGACGUGGGUUAACGGCUCGGGCACGGAGGGACGAAAUAAAAUUAACACAAAACAUUUUUUUUUUUUUGAAAACGUGUUUUUUAUACACGCACACAACAUUACAUACCUCAGUUCCAAGUUGAUUUAUUUAUUUUUUUCCAUAGUAUAAUGCUUAAUAAUAAUAAAUAGUAAUAGUAACGUAUAUUAUAAUUUGUAAGUCCUGGAUAUGUCCCGAACCGCUUGUAAAAUAUAUUUUAUAACUUCGUCCCAACGGUCAAAAUUCGAUAACUAAUCGGGGAGAAGGAGGGGAACGUAACGUUUCGGCCUCGUUAUAAUUAUUUUAGAAUGUAAGUCGCACCACAAACACAAACACACUUUUAUGUAAUAUUAUAAUGAUGUAUAAUGCAUAUAAUAAUAUACCCAUUGGUGAAUUUUAGUUGUUUAGAAAAAAAUUUAUAUAAUAUUAUUUAAUAUAUACAUAUUUAUAUAUAUUUAUAUAUAUAUACAUAUAUAACUACCCAAGUUAAUUCUAUUUAAAUAUAAAUAAUAAAACAUAAAAAAAAAGAUUCUGCUAUUCACUAUAGUUUUGCACUGUUAUCAACGCAGUUGUUUUUAUUAUUAUUAUAUUAUUAUUAUUAUUACAUUUUUAUAUAUAUAUAUAUAUAUUAAAAAUAUUUUUUUUUUCCACUCAGGCUAUUUCAACUUUUAUUUUCUCCCGAUUUAUUUCUACAGCCUUUACACGAUUGUUGAGUGUCUGAAGGGUAGUGGAAAUACAUUUUAGAAUUGUUACCAACCGAAAUAGUCAAAUAAAUCUUUGGAAUAUGAUAGAUUAUAAUACCAUGUUUUCAUUUUAUUAUAUAUUUAUAAUUUUUUUUUUUUUUUUUUUUUAAAGUAUAUCGUAAAUAUUAAUGUUUUGGUCUUGUAGAGAACAUGUGACAUCUGUUUCUAUAUUAGGUAUAUGUCUACAAAUAUAUUUAUAUUACACAUAUUUACACAUAUACAUACAUAUAUAUAAUAUAGUUGAUAAGCAUAUUAAAGAAAAUAUAAAGUAAAGAUUUAAGACACUGUUUUUUUUUUUCAAUGUUAUAUUACAGUUUUUAUGUAUAUGUAUAUGAUAUAUUAUUAUUAUUAUUAUUAUUAUUAUUAUAUUCACUAUAUGUUGUCAUGUGCUUUUUUUAAUACAAGCCGUAAAAAUCAAGCUAUGAUAAUUUAACUUUUUAACUUUUUUUUUUUUAUGGUAAUAAUUAGUACAAAUAUUUAUAGACUAACGAAUUCGUACAUCGAAUGCCAAGUUUUAUGUGUUCCCGUAAAGAAAACAAUAGGACUUAGAUAAGACUCAAACGCUUAAAAUUUCGUUUGAAAAUACGCUUACGUUUUUCUUUUCUUUUAAAUCUGUGUCGAUCAUAUACACAAACGCAUAGACUUUCCAUAUUAGAUGUAUAAGUUGAGUCAAUCUGGUCAUGUUUGCUCUGUUUUUCUUUUUUUUUACUGUGCCAUAAUAUAAUAGUACCUAAAAAAAAUUAUAUUGAUAUGGUAUAUGUUCAUAUUGCCAUCAUUAAUACACCAUUUUUAUUUUAUACACAUAUUACCUAUAUAUAUAUAUAUUAAAAAGUAAAUUAUACAUACAUUUUUUUUCGUAUUUCAAUAGCUGUUGUUAAUCAUAUUUUACGCGUCGUCUGCGACGUGAAAAGUAUUUGCACAGCAUUUUAUUAUAUAAAAAAAAAAAUUAUACUUAUCUGAACAUAUUUAUCAAUUUGUAAGUAGAUAACCACCGCAUCAUAUUGUCAGGCAGUGGUUAUACAUAUUUACGAACUUUUAACAUGUAACAAUGUAUAAUUAUUUACACAUUAUAUUGAUAUUUUUGUACUUAUUCGUUUUAUUGUAAGGUCAAUAUUAUACUAUAAUAUCAAUAAAGAAAAAAAGAUUUACUGAAAUUAAAAA